AUGGCUCUCGGCGUACCUCGCGGUCGACAUGCGUUGGCAACCAGUGCCAUCUUCACCUGUCUGGCCACCGCGCUCGCAGCAGUCCGCAUAUAUACAAGAGCAUUCAUGGUGAAACAGAUGGGGUCGGAUGACUGGACAAUUAUCAUAUCCCUUCUUUUCAGCUGGGCUUUCUUCGGUCUCUUCGUUGGAGGUUUGUCUCUUUAUUUCGCGCCUACAUUACAGCUCAAAGUUAACACUAGUUUUCUCCACCUAGAAACUGCGUAUCUCAUGGGAGAGCAUUAUAAACUCAUUCCUGAGGAAACAUACAGGAAACAAAUGAUUUGUUUCUGGGCGACAGUUCCCAUAUAUCAAGCCAGCCUGAUCACCACGAAGGCGUCCAUUCUUUUGCAGUACAAGCGUGUCUUUGCCACCCCACGCAUGCGCGUAGCGUGCUAUUGCUUAAUCGGAUUUCUCGGAGUAUGGGGAACUUGGACGUUCAUCAGCGCGUGGCUGAAUUGCGUCCCAGUCGCAAAGUUCUGGGACCCUAGCAUCGAUGGCUACUGCUUGGAUAAGAAAGCCCUAUGGUUCUCCAACUCUGGAAUCCAUAUCUUCACCGAUAUCGCCCUCCUUCUCUUUCCUAUGCCAGUGCUCAAAAACCUUCAGCUGCCGCGGCGGCAGCGGUUCGCCCUCAUGGCGGUCUUUGCCCUGGGUGCUUUCGUGCUUGUCACCAGCAUCCUCCGUUUACAGAGUCUCUUGGUUAUUUCUGACUCCACAGAUCCAACCCACGACAACGUAGGAGCAGCUACCUGGUCCGCAGUCGAAUGCAACACCGCCAUCAUCUGCGCCUGUCUCCCCGCAACCCGCGCCUUCAUCUCAAAACUUAUCCCUCGCUUGUUCUCCACCGGCAAGAGCAAGAACACUACAAACCCUUACGGCCGAAGUCGAAGCGCGAACUUCCCCGGGUUCCAGGCGUCCGCCGCUGGCACCAAUGAACCCCCACCCGGUUACCACAUGAAUACAUUCGGCAAGCGCUUUGAUAAAGACAUCAGCCUUCUCUCGACGUCGCCGCCGACGGAGAUCAAGGUCACGACGAAGAUUUCCCAGGAAUCUGUGAUCACGCCGCAGCAGGAUGAGUUUUCCAGCCUGAAGGGGCUGAUUAAGGAUUGA